AAGCUACCACAUUCUUUUAUUUUGGGUACAAAAGGUGGACUUAGGAGACAAGCAACACACAGAGAGAUAAAAAAAGGGUAGAUAGUGAUCAAAUUUCACAAGUGAAGGUAGUUGAAUUCAAGGAACGUGUGUAACUAAUCUUCCACUCCCCAAAUCAGAGAAUGAAGGAUCUCCACCAUGACAAUUCUUAUUGUUGAUCAUCACGAUGUCACAAGCUGACAUCUCUUACUCUUGUGGUUCUUGUGGAUACCCCCUGAACUUGACAUCAUCAAAUAGAAUCACAUCUAACAUUGCAUCUGAAUAUCAAAAGUCUGUUAAGAAGGGAUCACUCUCUUUUGCUUCAGUUGAUCUAAGCCGAUUUACGCAGAUUGAAGAAAUAAACUGUUUUCCUGUAUCAUGGUUUAAUCGUUCUAAGACUAAAUUGCUUUGCCGUAAAUGUGGGGUUCAUAUUGGUUAUGGUUAUGGUGGAGAAUCACAUGUUCUUUGUGGAUUUGAGUCUCCCACUUCAUCUACCUCUCAAAGGAAAUUCACCAUAAAGAUUCGUUCAUUACAGCCUUCUUCAGAAGAGUCUUGAUAAGGUUCACAUGGGAGAUCUUUCUAGAAAUGAUUGUACCUCCAUCAUGCACCUCCCAGAUGAUUGCCUUGUUAUUAUUUUCCACGGUUUAGAUAGUCGCAUUGAUCGCGAUUCAUUUGGCCUGACUUGCCGCCGAUGGCUCCAUGUUCAAGACUUCAACCGUCAGUCACUGCAAUUUGAGUGUUCAAGCACUGCAUUACGUCCUUUAUCUUCAUCCACCAAGGGUUUUGACAUUCACACGUUCCAUCUCCAUAGGUUGCUUAGACGAUUUCAACAUUUAAAAUCUUUAUCGCUAUCUAAUUGCUCAGAGCUGAGUGAUUCAGGAUUGACCCGUUUGCUAAGCUAUGGUUCAAAUUUGCAAAAACUUAAUCUGGAUUGUUGUUUGAAAGUCACUGAUUAUGGGCUAUCACUGGUUGCUUCUGGUUGUCCCUCAUUGAUGUCAAUUAGUCUAUACCGGUGCCCCGGUAUUACCGAUAAAGGGCUAGAUACUUUAGCCAGUGCUUGCUUAUCUAUGAAAUAUGUAAAUCUCUCCUACUGCUCACAAAUAUCUGACAAUGGGUUAAAAGCUAUUACACAUUGGUGUCGCCAGCUUCAGGCAAUUAACAUAUCACACUGUGAAGGCUUAAGUGGUGUUGGCUUUGAAGGAUGUUCAAAAACACUAGCUUAUGUCGAGGCUGAGUCCUGUAAGCUUAAGCAAGAAGGGGUCAUGGGAAUUGUUAGCGGUGGAGGAAUAGAGUAUCUAGAUGUUUCUUGUUUAAGUUGGUCUGUUUUGGGAGAUCCCUUGCCUGGAAUAGGCUUUGCCUCGUGCCUCAAAAUCCUUAACUUCCGGCUGUGUAGAACUGUUUCUGAUACUUCUAUUGUGGCAAUCGCCAAGGGAUGUCCACUGCUUGAAGAAUGGAACUUAGCCUUAUGUCAUGAGGUGAGGGUACCUGGAUGGCGGACAGUGGGGUUAUACUGCCGUAACUUGAAGAGACUGCAUGUUAACCGUUGCCGCAAUCUCUGUGAUAAUGGCUUGCAGGCUUUGCGGGAAGGGUGCAAAAAUCUCUCCAUUCUGUACUUGAAUGGUUGUGUUCGCUUGACCUCUGUUGCAUUAGAGUUAUUCAAGUGUCAAAGAGCUAAUGUUUGCAUAAAGGACAUAGAGAUAAUGUGUAUAAAGCCUUACUGGGAAUUCAGAUGAUGCUGGCUGAUAAAGAUUUAUUUAUCUAGACUAGAACAUCACAUAUAUUCUCUUGAAAGAGAACAAUCUGCAUUCAGCUGAACUUUAAACGGUUGUUUGCAUAGAUAUUUAUUUGUAUAAAUAAUUCAGCAUAUCUGGUUGUUUUGUGCUGUACAUUAUUUGGAUGCUAAGGAUGUAAUGAUGCCAUAAAUAUUCAUUAUGCUAUGGAUGUACCCUUAGGGGUUUCUGGCUCUUAAUUUUUAUUUA